GUGCGCUUGGAGCUUCCGCCGGAAGUUAUACCGCAAGGCGGAUGGCCUGGCUUCGUGUGGACGCAUAUCUGCUCCCCGGAGCGGUCGUCGCUAGUCGUCAAUGCGCGGCUUGCGCAAGAGCUCGUUGCACGCCAGCGUCGGCGAAAGGAAAUCUUCGCGGGCAUUUCUAAAUUGUCCGCUUCAGAGACGAGAGAGCAAGUGCGCGUGUGGUCGGGGUUGAUCUGGGAUGAGCUGCAGCUGGCUUUCCACCGAACCGGCAUGAUGCUUACUGGUAACCGCAAGAGGCGUUGGCAUUCCGACCCGAUGACGGAGCUGCGUCGGAAGCUGGGAAGCAUGCCGCCUGCGCAACAACGGGCAUUGAUGCGACGAAAUAACGAUCGAUGGACUCUAUGCUCGCUGUAUGAUGAAGAUCGAAUUGCGGCAGAGCACGGAGAUUGGAUAGAGGCAUUGCAUUCCAAGCGUGAUGAACUCGACAUUGCUGGCGCAGAGUUUGCAGACGCAUCAAGAAACCAUGCUGAAGAGGGGUCCUCUACUGACGAGGAGAGAAACGAGGAUCUUGCUGGUCUCAUGGACGCGCCUUCCUUGAAUGCUAGCGCUUUAGCCGCUCUUGAAAACGCAACCAUGGAAGCAGAGCAGCAGCCUGGAGAAGAACUCGACGAUGUGGAGGGCCCAAACCCGGAAUGGUUUGGGGCAGCUGCAGUUCCUGCACUGCUCGGUGGCAGCGCCGCGCAAGGAGGAAGGUCCGGAUCGAAAGACAAAGCAAACAACCACGAUGAAGAUGUGAAAAUGAGCGAAGUUCCUCGUGGUGGGCCAGAGUACGUCAUGAGCGUUGAGUACGACAGAUCUCGUAUUCGUUUGGGUUCUAGCAAUGGGGAAUGCCACACGACCAGUGAAUCUGAGAAUUCAAAGGUCGAGGAUCAUGCAUCGGCAGCGGAUCCGAAGAUCAGAAAGAUAUCGAAGAAGGAGUCCAAGGGAUCUCACAAGCACUCGCGACGAAAGGAAGCUCGAGCUGUCGCGUCUGCUCGCGCGGUGACCCGACCUGCAAAAGCAAGUGUAAGUAUGCGCGCAGCAAUCGCAAAUAUGCGAAAAGCUCCACAUUUGGGUGCCCGUGCACGUCUCCGAGGCAGCUUUGUUCGGUGGGCGCGACCGCUACGGUACGGCUGGCGUCUGAGAGCUCAAGUCGCUGUUCCGGAGCGCCGGAAGCAAAUCCAAGUCUUGCGCUCUGUGAAGCCUGCGCGUGCGGCAGAGCGACUGCUGGAGAUCUUGCUCCGUGUGAACAAGGUGAACACGGUCCAAGCUACCGGGGCCUGGCAGCGCGAGCUGGAAGAGCGAUACACCGAGCUCAUUGACAAGCGAAUAGCGGAGCAGCAGGCUCGCCUCAACCACUCUCGUAUUAACAAAGGACUGCCGGAUCUCGAAGAUGGCGAUCACACGCCCAUUGGCUUUGCCACAGCAGCCGAACUCCAAGGGCGGCAGACUAGCACAAGUACGGGUCUCCAUGCGGGUUCGACGCCCACGGGCGGCGGAGACAGCACCACGGGGACUGUCGGGGUUCCGACGCCUCUCGACCCAUAUGACGGUUCCGGCACACCGCCGAUGACUACUCCACCGUCGACGCUGGCCACAACGACUUCUGCUGGUCAUGCUUCUGCAAGCACUAUAGACGCAGCCGGUGCAACAAACAUGGACGUCGCAGUUGACCAAGGCGCGCUGACACCUAGACCUAUUGACGAGCCGGAACCCAAUGUGCGAAGAAAGCGCACGCGCGGUGACAUCGAAGCCGGGCAAGCUCCGCAAGAGUUGUCACUGCAGCAUCGCAAGAGAACCACUGGAGUUCCGGUUAAGGAGAUGGAGGAUGAGAUCCGGAAAGACGGACUAGUCAAUUUUGAGGACCCGCAAGCUAUCUCGCGGAAUCUCGUGACGCGUUCCGCAAAGUUCUUGCGUUUUCAGCGGCUCCUGAAGUUAAUCCGCGCGUCAACUAGAAGUGCUGUCCCCGAAAAGGAUGCUUUCGCACGCCUUGCGGCGCAAAGACGGCAACUGAUGAAUCUCAAGGCGGCGACAGCAAUUAGUAGUAAACAAGAACUUCAGGUGAAACAAAAGCUUGUGCGGUCUGCUCGAAGCAACGAUCCGAAUCGACUCUCACAUGCCAUUGGUAUUCACUUUGGUGAGCUUGCUGCGGAUGUAAAUCUCACUAGAGAUAUCUUGCUUGACCCCGACACGCAGUACGCUGUGGCCCGCGUGGGAGGCACUAGCGUAAGCGGGGAUCCCGUCCUCGCAGACGGGCUCGACAAAAUGCUAUCUCAGGCCGCGUCUUCUGCGGCUCUUGAUGCACGUCGAAAACUAAUUGUCAGAGGGUAUCUCAAGGCGGAGCUCGCAAAGGCAACAGCUCAGCUGAAGGGCGCGGACGACGUGAAAGUACGGGAUCUACAAGUCGAGAGUGAAAAGCGCUUGAGACGGGCCGCAGAGAUUCCAAUAGGCGACAUGAAGACAAAGCAAGCCGUUGGUAAAAACAUUGCGAACGGCGGCAGAAGUAAGCUCCCAAAAAGCAAGUCUGUCCGAAAAUCCGACGCAAAGACAACGCGCAAGCAGCGCUUGAAGAAAACGAAGCAAGAUGCCCGCAGGUACUUUCAUUCUGAACACAUAAAUUACCGAUCAUGAUUGAUAUUUGUGUUACAACUUACAAGCAAGAAGGUCUAUCAAAUUCAAAACAUUAGAUUUAGAUAGAUGAACAUGAACAACAACAAAUCACGAAAAUACCCGACGACCUUCACAUACACAUAACGUUUGUCGCUCCUCUUAAGUCAUUGACGCAGUUUCUUCUCUAGCUCUUCUAACAGUUUUCGUAGAAAUAGGCGAGAUCAUGGGUUGAUCAUUGAACAAAAGUAUUUUCAGAAUAAAUAUGAGCCCACAUCAGUCAUAUUUAAGUACAAAAAAGUGAUGCCCUGGCUUCUUGUGAUCAUUGCGACAGGCAGCCAACCGGAGCGAAACUACAGAAGAUGUCCGAGGUUCAGAAAAACCGCAGUGAGGAGCAGAGCAAAGUUGCGGAUGCAUUGAAAGAUCUAGAGCCAGGGCCAAUGACGGAUCUCUACGCGGCGCUUUAUAUGCAAAAGUGUUGGCGAGAAAGUGCUCGUAUUCUCGUGGAGAAUGGCGUGCAGGAGGAGGUCUUAGCCCAAUUCGAUGCUGUCAUGGGGAAAGGGGGCCAUUUCUCCCUCGAAAAGGCUAGUCGCGACAAAUUGCAAGCUAAUACUUCCGGUAUGACAUUAAUUGUCUAUGAGUGUUUCUAUUUCGAAUUUAUUGAGCGAUAUGAAUUUGAAUAGGAUUUUCAUGCAUGUAGAACUCGAUGAAAAAGAUCUUCUAGAGACUCUAUUCAAAAGUGGUAGCAGAAGUUAGAAACCAAGAAAAUCACAAUCCAUGAAGAUGCAAGCUAAAAUCAUUUUCAUCACAGCCACGAGGAAUGCUCUGGCGCGUUUUAUCAUGCGCAGGCCACUUCCUAAGGACGUAAAGAAGGGCUUGAAGUAUGCUGUCGCAGCCACUGCGAACGCACUUCUGAAGCUCGAGAAAAGUACUGCAGACGGCAACUUCAAGCCCCCAUGCAGAGGCAGUGGGAAGCUUCUGGAGCGGCCUUCGGCGUCAUCCGUGUAUUGGGAGCACGAGCUCGCAGAGGAAGAGCGAGAGCUGGCGCAGCAGGAGCGGGCACUGCAGCUCGCGCAGCGGCUUUGUCAGCGGAAGCGCAUAAGAAGGCAAAAACUCUUCAAGUUCAAGCCAAAACCGUCAUCAAACUCAGCUUCUGCUCAGAUCUCGAAAAGAACAGGUCCGCCUCAGCCUAAAAGUGUGCAGGUCUCUGCACUGCAGAGUACGUUAGAUGCAGCCCUGGAGGUAUAGGAGAGAAAGCAGGUAGAGUGCGCCAUCACAAAACGCGUUUUUUCACCUUCAAGAGAAGUAGCAGUUCGGGCUUUUUUGUUGACGACUUGGAUAUUCAAAAUAUCAACAGGGUAUAUGAAUAGAUUCUUUUUACAUUCGCAGACUGACACUGUAUCGGCGUCUUACUAGUAAAGACGGCGUCUUACAACAGUUUAACUACUACUAAAAGACGUCCCACUUACACUAGGUAUAGAAACAUAGGCAAGAACACUCGCCCCAGCAUAAAAAGGGGUUUAGCCUUUUCCUUCACCACAGAUGUUAAAAGAUAUAGUCUCAUAGUGGUUCUUGCAAUCGUCCUGUUCCGAUGGCUCUGUGUCGGCCCCAUUCCAGUACUUUGUGACUUCGUGUUGAAAGGUUGUUACAAGGAUGACUGUGAGACCUGAGUUUUUUUUCGCUUGCGUAAGUAGCCCAUUUUCACAUCUACACAUCUAAAACUAUCUUCAGAGAUUUUAAGAACCAGGACAGCAUUUUUGUCCCUUUUUUCACUUAAAUAUAUGAUUUCUCUAAUAAUUAUAUUAAAGAUCCUACGCGCACGCUCUACGACAUGUACAACAUGUAGAUCGCAUGCGCAUUAUAAAGUAGAGUGCCCAUCAUCGCAUUGCGAUGUGCUGCGCGCGGCAACCAGACUGCAAAUUGGCUUUCAAAUCAGUCUUCACAUAAAGUAGUUGCACAACAGUGCCCACCUGUGACCGCGGAAACAGGAAUCGAACAGGGAUUAUUUUUUUCAAUGAAUACAGGUAACGAUCUGCUAACGCGCCUGAGAUGUCGUAAGCUCGAUAUUGUUGUAACCUUUUUUCCUCCCCACGCAAUCCUCAAUUUUUCAUAACCUGCUGGACAUAGUUCUUUCGAAGAAAGGCAAUUGGCUUUGAAUUGAGUCAGAAAAAGCGUUUUCUCGCAGACGCAGAGACAAAUCGUC